UCCAACCACAAGCAGAGAAGCGGGUGCCGUGCGCCGACGCGCCGGGCCCUGCCAGCCAGGCCGGUGACGGAGCGGACGCCUGGCAACCUCCCCCGCCCACGUGGCCGCUCUCCGAGGCCGCCGUCCCGCCCCCCGCGCUUUCCUGCGUCAGCCGCCCCCGCAGCCCAACACCCGCAUCAAAACCCGCACCUCGCCUCCUCGGCUCCUCCUCCUCCCCACCCCGCCACCGCCACCGCCGCCCCAAGCAAGUCUCGCAGCCCCAGCCCGAACCCCGGGGGCCGAGCCUUCCUCCCAUGGCCCCGCCCCACUCCAUGGCGGCGGCCUCCGAUCGCGCCGGCCCCGGGCCCGACGCCGGCGCAGGCGAGCCCUCGCUCCGCCUCCGCCGCGCCCCCUCCGCCGAUGCCGGCGAUUCCUCCGGCGGCCGGCGCGAGAACGGCGACCCGCUCCCGCCGCCGAAUCCGCAGCAGCAGCCCGAGAUGCUGUACUUCCGCGCGUCGGCGCCCGCGCACCGCCGCGUCAAGGAGAGCCCCCUCAGCUCCGACGCCAUCUUCCGGCAGAGCCAUGCGGGUCUCUUGAAUCUAUGCAUUGUUGUGUUGAUUGCAGUGAACAGCAGACUCAUUAUUGAGAAUUUAAUGAAGUAUGGCCUAUUGAUAAGAGCUGGAUUUUGGUUCAGUACAAGAUCGCUGGGAGACUGGCCCCUUCUUAUGUGCUGCCUCACAUUACCGAUUUUGCCACUUGUUGCACUUGUGGCUGAGAAGCUGAUUAGAAGGAAGCUCAUUGGUGAACAUGUGGUUAUUCUUCUUCAUAUCAUUAUUACAACAUCUGUCAUCGUCUAUCCAGCUGUUGUGAUUCUUAAGUGCGACUCAGCAGUACUAUCUGGAUUUGUGCUAAUGUUUCUUGCAAGCAUCAUGUGGAUGAAGCUUGUCUCUUAUGCACAUACAAAUUAUGAUAUAAGGGUGUUGUCCAAAAGUACUGAAAAGGGUGCUGCAUAUGGCAAUUAUGUCGAUCCUGAGAAUAUGAAAGAUCCAACCAUUAAAAGUCUACUGUACUUUAUGUUGGCCCCAACACUUUGUUACCAGCCAACUUAUCCUCGAACUACAUGUAUUAGGAAGGGCUGGGUGAUCCGACAACUUGUAAAGUGUCUUAUUUUUACAGGUCUGAUGGGCUUCAUAAUUGAGCAGUACAUAAAUCCGAUUGUGAAGAAUUCCAAGCAUCCACUGAAGGGGAAUUUUUUGAAUGCUAUAGAGAGAGUCUUGAAACUCUCAGUGCCAACACUAUAUGUAUGGCUUUGCAUGUUCUAUUGCUUUUUCCAUUUAUGGCUGAACAUUCUAUCUGAACUCCUUCGUUUUGGUGAUCGUGAAUUCUACAAGGACUGGUGGAAUGCCAAAACUGUUGAAGAGUACUGGAGAAUGUGGAACAUGCCUGUUCAUAAGUGGAUCAUUCGACAUAUAUAUUUUCCAUGCAUAAGGAAAGGCUUGUCCAGGGGUGUAGCUAUUCUAAUCUCGUUUCUGGUUUCAGCUGUAUUUCAUGAGAUAUGUGUUGCUGUGCCAUGCCACAUUUUCAAAUUCUGGGCAUUUUUCGGGAUCAUGUUUCAGAUACCAUUGGUGUUCUUGACGAGAUAUCUUCAAGAUAAGUUCCAGAACAUAAUGGUGGGCAACAUGAUAUUCUGGUUCUUCUUCAGCAUAGUUGGACAGCCGAUGUGUGUCCUUUUAUAUUAUCAUGAUGUCAUGAACAGGCAAGCCCAGGUCCUGCUGUUGAAAGAAGAUCGACGCCCUGGACGCCCAGAAGACCCAGGAGGACGUCUCGGACUACGAGAAGACCCCGAGGACCUCGGAAGACUACGAAGAGCUGCCAGUUUGGCAAGAUGCAGGGUCCGAUCAGGAGUUCGACGCCAACAACAACGGAUGGUACGAUUGAAGCUUAGAAAUCCGUGCUACGCUCAAGUGCCGCCUGUGGAGAUGAAGUUCGAGUUGAAGGAUGGACUGAAGACCAGCUACCGCUACCGUUUUCUGUUUGUUCCAGUUUAGCCCAAUGAGCUUGUAAUAAAAGUUUCGUACUGCAAAUCCUCUGGAUAUUGUAAUAAUUAAAUCCAUGUUUGAACCUGUUUUAAGUGAGUAUGAACUGAUUUACUGCCUGAAA